AUGUCCACAUCGGCGUUCCAGACGGCGCGAAACGCCAUUGACGAGGCGCACAAGAAGGAUCCGGCGUACGCGGCCUCCUCCGCGUCUCCUACUGCGGAACGCGAUCCAGCGACCAAAGUCGACGAGCUGGUGUACGCCGAUCGAGUCGAGUACUGGGCGUCGCACCUGAUCGGUCUGCGUCUCGAGACUCCCGAGUAUCAGUCGUUCGCCAGAACGGUGUCCCCAUCGUCGACCUCGGACGCGGAGGCGGUCACGCAGACGGGCGAGCUUCUCCGCCUCGCAGCGCGGUGUCAGCACCUGGAGCGCUUCCUCACCCCUCGCUCCUCCUACCCAGAUGGCAAAGCAGGCUACCUCAAAUGGCGUCGUGACCUGUACAAGAUCCAAGCGGACCGGGCCAAGGAGCUCCUCCUGCAAUCUGGCGUCGACGAGACAAGCGCGGACUGGGUCCACAAAUGGGUGAGCAAGACCGAGCUCAACCCUGGCAAGCCCACCGGCGACAUGGGCACCCAACUCCUCGAAGACGCCGCCGUACUGUUUUUCUUGCAGGACGAACUGGAGCUCUUCGCAAGCCAACAUCAGGAGUACAAGGAGGAAAAGUUUGUCGAUAUCAUCAAGAAGACGUGGCGCAAGUUGAGCGAGAUGGGCAAGCAAGAGGCGUUGAAGUUGAGCAUGCCCAAUGGGUUAGAGCCGAUUGUUAUGAAGGGCAUCAAUGCGCUGGAGAAGCCGGAGCAGAAGGAAGGAUGUUCACCAUCGCAAAACCAUCUCCCACCACCGGCACACGACUCCUCGCGAAAGAAACAAUCCUCUUCCUCGGCACCCGUCACUCGGCCCCUCCGUCCCAAAACAGCCGCGGAAGCACAAGCGCUCCUCGACACCGCCGACCCUUCCUCUGACAUCUUUGGCGCGCGUUUGCUCACAUCCGACUCCGACCCGUGGUCGCACAACGCAUGGGACCACGUCACGCCUCCUCCAUCCCACUACACCCACGUCGCGGACACCCUCGCGCGGCAAGCGGAAACCAAACUCACCCUGGAAGAAGCGGAGCCAUUUCACGCUGCCCCCGCCGGAUACUGGGACACGUUCUAUUCCUCCCACGAGAACCGGUUCUUCAAAGAUCGCAAGUGGUUGCACCUCGAAUUUCCGGAACUUGUCGAUGCGACGAGAGAGGAUGCUGGGAAGAAGGUGGUGUUGGAAGUGGGAUGUGGGGCGGGCAACACGGUGUUUCCGCUUCUCGAGAGGAACAGCAAUCCGGAGCUGACCAUCUAUGCCUGCGACUAUUCGGCCGAGGCGGUGAGUGUGGUUCGGGCCAAUCCGCUGUCCAAUCCUCCCAUCGGACACUGUUCUGCGUGUGUAUGGGACCUCAGCAGCCCAACUGCCCUGCCGGAGGGACUCGAGGAGGGGAGCGUAAAUAUGAUCGUCCUGAUCUUCGUCUUCUCCGCCCUCCACCCGCGCGAGUGGGCUCAAGCAGUGACGAACAUCCGACGCCUCCUCAAACCCGGCGGACUGGUGCUCUUCCGCGACUAUGGCCGGUACGAUCUGCCCCAACUGCGCUUUAGGAAACGCAGGAUGCUGCAAGACAACUUCUAUCUAAGGGGAGAUGGAACAAGGGUAUUCUUUUUUAUUCCUGAGGACCUGGUUGCGAUCUUCAAUGCUCAGCCGCAGAGCACCACCACGACGACCGUCCAGGAUGGCCACGGGGAGGGGGAAGAGGUCAAGGAGGUGCAGGAAGAGGUAGAGAUCAAGGAAGAGGACGGGAAGAGGUUCGACUUUGCAACAACACAGAUGGCGAUUGAUCGAAGGAUGAUCGUCAAUAGAAAGGAGAGGAAGCAGAUGUACAGGGUUUGGCUGCAGGCCAAGUUCCAGCUCCUAGACCGGGCUGCAUAG